AAAGAUCAUAUCUCAUCUGUGCACACAUACUGUACUCUACUGUAAGUAAGAGGAAAUAAUGGAAUCGGGGACCUUUUAUGUAUGCAGAAAUAUUAAUAACAGAUCUGGACCUCGAACACAGAGUCGCUGCAAGGUUGAAAAAAAUGCUCGAAAGCAAAGAGGAAGUAGAUGUUUGGUGUUGAUCACAGUGGGUCUCGGGCUCAUUUGUGUUCUUCUGCUGGUCUUCAUCAUACUGCUGCACAUCACCAUCACAGCAGAGAGAGACCUGAUAAAGAGUUACAAGAACACAGUUGAAGAGUUCAAACAAACCAUCAACAGCUUACAGGACAAUUACACUGAUUUAACACAGAAGAACCUGGUGCUGGAGACUAAAUACAAAGAUCUCACUACUGAGAAAGACCAGUUACAGAGCAACUUCAGCUCUUUGAAUCAGAAGAAACUGGAGCUGGAAAGCAGAGUAACAUCUCUGAGUGACGAACUUCAGAAAGAAGAAUCUAAACUGAGAAAUCUGUGUGGUCCAGUUUGUUUUUUCAUGUCCACUGAGUUGAAGAGCUGGUCUGACAGCAGACAGUACUGCAGGGAUCGUGGAGCUGAUCUGGUCAUUAUCAACACUGAAGAGAAGCAGAGGUUCAUAUCUUCAUUAGUCAGUGAGAGAGUGUGGAUCGGUUUGUCUGACAGAGAGAACGAGGGCAACAUGAAAUGGGUGGAUAAUUCAACACUGAAACAAGGGUUUUGGCUCAAUGGUGAGCCGAAUAACCAAGGCGGAAAUGAGGACUGUAUUGAACUGAUGCCUUCAAAUCCUGUCCUGAACAACUGGAAUGAUCUUCCAUGCUCAGUGGAGAGAAAAUGGUUUUGUGAGAAAUAGGGUUCAUCCGACCUUUUUGUGGUUUUGCUUCAAAAUAGUGGAUAUUCAUAGGAAAGGAAAAUGUAAAAAUGUCAUUAUUUUUUAUUGCUAUAAUAAACUCAAGGGCAAUAAAACAUUCACAGAAAACCACUGUGGAUUUAUUUGUUUUAGGGUUUUUCCUCAUAUUUUCAUUUGAAAUGAGACCAUCACAAUCUGAAGACACAACUCUUUCACACACACCACAAUCAAAAUAAAACUUUAUUUUUCUGCACCUUCACUUUUGCUGUAGCUUCUGUGACAAGUUUACUUUUAACACAUUAUACAGAUUUUGGUUUGAAGAAGAGCCAAAUAGUGUAGGCAGAAAUGAGAACUGUAUUGAACUGAUGGCCUCAGAUAGAUCCUUGUACGUUUUGAUAAUUUAAUUUCCUAUUUGAA